AUGUCCCUGAUUCACUCACAAUUCAGCAGGUGCUCUUUCGGCCUGGUUAGUUUAUACAAUGCCAUCGCGAGCCCCUCCACCUUCUUACAACUCCUCCUACGCGAUGCCCGCGACUUUGCAGCCCUAUUCUACAUGCCAAACCUAGAGAGUCUCUACUUCAAUGAUUUGCGCUACAAUUCAUUUGACGACGCAAACAAUAUAUACUAUGAUGUGGUUGCCCUGUAUGACUUCCCAUGCGGCACUUCGAGCGUCAAGCAUCUCUUCAUAGAUGGCGCUUCGGGCAUCUUUGCCAAUUAUUACCGAGCCAUAGCAGAUGCGUCGAAGAAAUCAGAAUCGGUCGUUUUGAGAGUUGCCAGUGAACACCAGCAACAUCUUUACGACGUGGAUAUGUUCGUGGGCUCGCUUGCUUUGAGUAAUGGGAAGACACUACAAAAGCUCAUCCUUUACAACCCGCGCGGUAUGCUCGGCGAUCAAUACGGCAACUAUCUACUCGAUGAUCUUGACGAAUUUCGAAACUUGAAGCUGUUUACGUUGUCGGUUUACGACUUAGCGCUUGAAGAGCUUUACCUGAUGCAUACUUCUCCCAAUGUAGAGCAGCUUGCGGAAUACGUCUCUGGCUCUUUCCCUGCUAGUACUGAAGCUCUUUAUAUCUGGGGACGAUCGGACGAGUAUGUGGACGUCCCAGCAUCUGACGAUAUGCCAUCAGAUAUCCUCGACUCAACACUUGCGUCACUCAUCGAAUCUGGCGUUCUUGAGAACCUUAAGGUCGUCUACCUCGCGGACUUUGAGAUGCUACAGAUCGCUUUUGAAGAAGACAUCGAUGGGGAUAUCAAGGACACGGGCCCAGAGCAACCAAUUCUGCAAAAGUCUGUUGCUGCAGGACUCAAGGCUGGUGUGCAUGUGUGCACGCUGAUGAAUAGAGAUGAUGGCGGUAAUUGGAAAAGCUUUCCUGCAAAGCCGGAUGGGUUUGACCUGAAGACUGGUCCUUGCUAUGGCGAAAGGCCCGCAUCGUGGAGGUUGAAUUUGCAGUCUGGGGAAUGGGGCCCGGAUUGUGAAGGCUGCGGAGAGUGUAUGGACAGCUUGGCUGUGUAUCCUGCUGAGUUGUGGAAGCAUUAUCGUUCAUGA